CACGAUCGAGCUUCGCCUCGACCGCUUGCGCCGCUGCCGCCGCCCAUCUGCGAUCUGCGCCGCCGCCCAUCUACGAUCUGCGCCGCCGCCGGAACCUCGUCCGCCUAGUCGCUCCCCCGUCCCACAUCGUCGUCUUAGAAGCCGGCACCCCGCUGCACCUCCUUCCCCUCCAUCGAGCCGGCCGGGCGGAACAAGCAAGAUCGCUCCAAGUGUGCUGACUUGCCAUGGCUGCUGAUGGUGAAACUUCGGAUGCGACAACUAGGCACAUUUCUCACCGGCGUAAAAGACAAGUCACACAAGAGGUGUCGCAAGAGAACAGAAUUGUCACUGCUUCCAACAACAGUGAGAAUGGCCCUGUAAUUAAGAAAAAGAAGGGGCGGACUAGCACUAGGCUAAAGAGGCCACCAAAUGGUGUUCUCAUUCCAAUUGAAUCUGAGGGUGAUCGUUUCUUCACGGGAGAUAAAGGGAUAGCAGGUCAAGUUACAGCAAUUUUAAAAUAUGAGUACCCAUCCAUAAUCAAGGAGAACAAGGAUGGUGUGGAAAUCAAGCGCCAUGCAUUUGAAUGGGAAGAUUACUGUAUUGUUGACCCGCCUGAUGAGCAAACUGGGGAAAUAAAGGAAUCAGCUGCAGACCAGUUUAAGCAUGAGUUUUGGAGCAUCUAUACACUAGCUGAUGAUACUCCUGCAAAAAGAGCAGAAGCUGACCGUGUUCUUCAGAAUUUGGCAAGGAAACAAUUGAAGCAAAUGAUGUACCAAGCUCGUAAGGAUGCUGUCAAGAAGUACUGCUAUGAAAUUGACGAGCCAAUCAAGGAUUCUGAAGCAUGUAAGAAACUUCUCACUAGAUCCCAGUAUAUACAAGGUAGACUGGAAUGGUGCAAAGAUGCUGAAGCAUGGGAGAGCCUAUGUACGUACUGGUGCUCCGAAGAAUACUUUAAAUCUCGUGGGCUUGGCAAACAAUCACGCACAUCAUCACUAGAUGAUGUUGCACAAAACAGAGGUGGAUCUCGAAAUUUCGCUUGCACCAAAGAGUACAUUGGAAAGACAUUUGGGCCUGAACAGGCAACAACCAUGAACACUUACAAGUGCAUGAAAGUAGGAGCUAAGAAAUAUAAAGAGAAUGGUAGCAACACCUCCAUCGAGAACCUGAAGGCGAAAAAACGCCUUGUGAAUCAAUCUUCACCAUCUACAGAAAAUGGCGGCACUCAAGUGAUGGCAUCGUCUCGUGCCGCGGAGCAAAGUGAUACUACCCCAUCAGGCCACCUGCAUACAACUCAAGCAAGGGAUGAAUCACCUUUCUUGGAUGAAUAA